GCAAUUUAUUUACUUGAAUAAGUUGUUUAUAAUAAAUGAAAUAAAUGCAACAUACGCGUUUCUUACAUAAUUUGUGCCUGCGUUUCACGCGUGUUGGCCAGCUGCGUGCAGUGUCGGGGGCAUACAAAUACAACAGCUUACAUUAUGCAACGACAACGACGACGGCGACUGCUUUGGUCAACGCUCAUGCCUUAGCUAGAGCUCAUUAUGCCAGCAUAGCGGCACGCCGGCCUAGGCGUACGGCACAAUCAAAGACCAACAAUAAUAAUACUGGCAGUGGCAUCAGCAUUGAAGAAUUGUGGACGCACUUGGAGAGCUACUACAAACAACAUGGGUUGUUGCACUACGAACAAUGCCAGCGAGUGUUGGAACUAUUGGAAAACAGUUCAGGCGGCAGCAACGGCAACGACAAAGACGGCAACCCCGAUGUGCCUGUUCAUUUGACUGGCGCCCAGCUGCAUUUUCUUCUUGGAGCAUGCGUGCCUGAGUUGUUGCCCGCCCAGAGCGCCAACGAGCGUCUGCAGUUGUUUCAGCGUCUGUGGGUUCAGCUGCGACGUCGGGAACAACUUAAGCUUGCACACUAUGAAACACAGCUACAGAUGUUGCAGCAGAAUCAGUUGCCAUUGGCCGAUCAUCGAGCGCUUCUGGCGGACAUAGCGGUAUUUAAUGGGGACGCGGAUGCGAGCCUUUACAGGAUGCUGCUGGAUGUAGCUUGUGCCAAUGGCAGCAUGCGGCAAGCCACCGAGCUGCUGGCCGAGAUGCGCGAGCGUAACUUUGCUCUCACCGAACACAAUUUCCAUGCGCUGCUACUCGGGCAUGCGAGAAACGGAGAUCUGAACGGCGUGGAAACGGUGUUAGCCAGCAUGCGCGCUGCGAGCAUUGCGUCCAAUCCCACCACACAGGCACUGCGUAUCGUUGCCUAUGUGGAGAACGAACAACCAGAGAAGGCCCGUGAGCUGCUCCAAAGCCAUAGCGGCAGUUUUAAUGUUCCACAUCUCCUGCAAAUGCUACAUAGUGCUCUGCGAACCAAAAACGUGGACAGCGAGCUGCUCGAGCAGUUGGUCCGUGAACUGCCAAAGGAUUAUGUGAGCAGCGUGGAUGUGCCGCCUGCUUUGCGUAGUCUAUGCAUCGAGUUGCUGCACCAUGGCCGGCAGUCGGAGAUGAUGCAAUUGGUGGCGAUGCUGCCGGCGCCAAAGUACAACGAGAAUCAAAGUGUCGACAGUUAUGGUGUCCUGCUUCUGCAGGAGCUGUUUCGGGCACGUGUUCCGCUAGAGCAGACGCUGGACUUUGCGCGUGGCUUGCGCGAACGUGGUCAGAAUACGCGUGCUUUGCAUCUUGUCGCAGAUAUGGCGCUACGUCGCCAGCCCGCACUGGCUUUGUCUUUUUUCGAGGCGCUAAUUGCGGCCAAUGAACAACUGCGUCCCCAUUACUUCUGGCCCCUGUUGCUGCAUCAUCGACAGCGCGAUGGCGAAAGCGGUGUGCUCCGCAUCCUUGACGAAAUGAAACGCCUUCGCGUCGAAUGCGAUGACGAAACACUGCGGACUUAUGUGCUGCCCAAUCUCUGGCAGACGCUGCAGGAUCCGGUCCAGGGAAUGCAGAAGUUGGAUGCCUGCGGUGUGCGUGCCUCCCAGGUUCUGGGGCUCGUCCUCGCACAGCUGCUGCAGCAACAACUCAUCCUACCAGCAAUGGAGCUACUGCAACGCUAUCCCACGCGUUUGGAGCUCUCUACGCUGAUGCAGCCGCUGACAGCCGUAGCCGUGCAUGUUAGGGCGACAAAGCGGUAUCAGCAAUUCGCUCAACUGCUUCAGGCGCUGACUCAGCAUGCCUUGCAGCGCGAUGAUGACUUUGUGGGCGCGCUUCUGCUGCAGAUGUGUGGACCACAGACGCGCCUCCGCCAAGAUGCGGCUGCUCUUCAGCGCUUUGUGCACGAGCUGGCACGUUUGGGCUUGCAGCUGUCCCCGUCGGCGGCAGACGCAUUGGUAAACAUCGCCAGGCAAGCAACCGGCACAGAGGAGGACCUAAACACACUUGCAAAAACGUUGCAUAAGAUGCGUUUGGAUACUCUAAAGCUGAGCAAUGAGGUCAGCGGCUCUACUGUCACUGGCACUUCCUUUAUCAAACAUCCUCGUGAUAUGACACUGGACGAACUUGAGUGCCAUCUAGUCGAACUGGAGGCCAAGCAGCUCAACACACGCGGCGUUCUGCGUCGCCUUCUGCAGCUGUGUGUGCGCGACAACCGUCUAGAGCGUGCUGUGGAAAUCAAAGCCAAGUGCGAUGAGCUGCGUGUUCAAACAAGCGCCGGUAUGUUAGCGGCCAUAUUCGAUCUGUACAUCAAGCUAAAGGAUCUGAAGCGAGCGGAUCAGACAAGGCAGCUGUUGGAUCGCACAUACCCAGGCUUUCUCAUUGACGAGCAUAAACUUAUUGACUAUGCGGCGCUGUUGGUUCAUGGAGAGCAGCUGGAGGCGGCCAAGGAGCUGCUACAGACACGCGCUUCGAAGCACAGGAUUAAUGGUGGCGACUAUGUUAUCAAGAAUGUUUGGCAAUUGCUGACAAAUGUGGCACAACUGGCGGCCAAAACGGCGCCUGCAACGCCGACGACGACGGCAGGAGCGACACGUAAUCUUACUUACGAAAUCUUUGAGUUCCUACGCCAGCUGGGCUACUGUCAGGCGCACAAUGCGCUGCUCGGCCCCAUUGUGCGUGAGUGGCUGCUGCGUGGAGACAUCGAUGCGGCCGUUGUCGAGUUCCAGCGUCUGGCUGCCAAGUACAAGCACACGCCCUUGCAGUACGAGCUGCUGUCGCUGCUGGUGCGAUUGAGCAAUGGCGAUGUCGAUGAGCUGGCGCGCUUCGAAGGAUGCACUGCUGCCGCUGCACAGCAACACCUGGCCACGGUCACAGCGACGGUGAGUCGGGUGCACGGCACGGCAAAUAUGAACAGCGCACUGCUGCUGGCUCUGGCCGAAUCGGGGACGGAGAAACAGCUGCGGCGAUUAGUUAUUGAUCCGCAGUUCCGCAUCAAUCACGAGAUGUUGCUGAAGAAUUGCGAGCAUUUAGGUCAGGAGGGGGCGGUGCGGACAUUGGUGCGUUUGGGGCGUGGCGUGCGGGGCAUGCAGCGCACCAUUGAUGAGCAACGCAUCUACGAUCUGCUGUUGGCACAGUUUUCCAAAACGAACAACUAUGAGGCAGCGCUGGAUCUGUACGAGCGACUGGACGAGGAUGAUGAGCUGAAAGUGUCGCAGGACUUUCUGCGUAAUCUCGUCAGGUUGUUGCAACUGAACAAUGUGGAUAUACCCAGCAAUAUCGCGCUUCGUGCGCAGAUUAUAUAAGAUGUUUAUAUUAACUGUUUUGUUAAAUUC